AUGCACGACACAUCCAGACUUGCAGCGGAUCAGCAUAUACAGUGCCAUGGCCUGAUACUGCUCCCUUUGACCCUACACUAUGAGGCUGAAUUGCACUUUCUUCCAUCUCAAGGAACCCGGUCUGCUUGGUUGCCUGCACGUUCGCAGAUGCGACAUACCACCAUCACCGGGAGGAAAGCAUGA